UGGUCGCUGCGCCCAUCACGGUCACGAUUUUCCAUAAAAAAAACACAUAACUCGACGAUUCUUUGCCUCUCCUCCUGAAAACUGACUCACCUCUGUCCCUUCCUUUCUCUACUGAGUUCGCUGUACCAGCUCAACUCGGUUCUUCAAGUCGAACUCUUUCUCUUUCUCUCUCUUUUCCAUUCCAUGGGACAGAAUCCACCACGUCAUCUCCGAAAUCUCAAUAAGAAAUCCUUUAUUCUGUAGAAAUAAAUCACGAAUCAUUUUUUUCCCUGUUGACUUUUUUAUUUUUUGGCCAUGAAUCGAAUGGCUCCCUGUGGUUUGAUUCUGCUCUUUUUUGCGCUUUCCUUUCUCGUACCUUCACUUGACGCCAGUGAAGGUGAUGCUGAUCCGAUUUACAAGGCUUGUUUGGAGGAUUGUGAGAAAAGUGGGUGCGUGGGGGAAACGUGCUUUCAACACUGUAAAUUCUCAUCUGAUGGAAAACCAAUUGAUGGGCCAUGGUAUUUACAAGAGCCCCUUUAUCAGAAAUGGAAGCAGUGGGACUGUCGUACAGAUUGUCGAUACCACUGUAUGCUUUCUAGGGAGGAGCAAAGAGGGAACCUCGGCGACAAACCGGUCAAAUAUCAUGGAAAAUGGCCUUUUCGACGUGUCUAUGGGAUUCAGGAACCUGUUGCUGUAGCUUUCUCUGCACUAAGUCUUGCAAUACAGUUUCAUGGUUGGAUCUCCUUUUUUAUCCUUCUGUAUUAUAAGUUGCCUUUGAGGCCUAAUAAAAGGACUUAUUACGAGUUUACUGGCUUGUGGCACAUCUAUGGUAUCCUGGCAAUGAACUUCUGGUUCUGGAGUGCUGUUUUUCACAGUCGAGAUGUUGAGUUGACAGAGAAGCUAGAUUAUUCAUCUGCUGUUGCAUUAGUUGGGUUUAGUCUUAUUUUAUCAAUACUACGAGCAUUUGAUGUGAGAGAUGAAGCUUCAAGAGUCAUGGUUGCUGCUCCACUGAUAGCAUUUGUGACAACACACAUCUUGUAUCUGAACUUCUACAAACUUGAUUAUGGUCUAAAUAUGAAAGUUUGUAUGGCUAUGGGGGUAGUUCAACUUCUCAUUUGGGGAGUUUGGGCUGGUGUAACCAGCCAUCCAUCUCGCUGGAAGGUUUGGCUGUUUGUUGUGGGAGGAAGCCUCGCUGUGCUUUUGCAAAUAUAUGAAUUCCCACCUUAUAGGGGGUUUGUUGAUGCUCAUGCUCUCUGGCAUGCUGCUAGUAUCCCUCUUACUUACAUUUGCUGGAGCUUUGUCAGGGAUGAUGCUGAGUUCAGGACCACAACCCUCCUUAAGAAAAUAAAGUGAUAUUUCUUUCAUGGAACGCAUGCACUAACUGGAUGGUGAAAUCUGUCAAGUAACCAAACUCACCCGUGAUCAAGCUCGCCUGUGCAUGAAACAUCUAUGGCUCCUCUGUGUCUCUGCGUUUUUUUCUAGAAUGCUUAACAUGGCCGGACUCUUUUGCAUUUUGUUUGCUGAUGGUUGAAAAUAUCUUCGCAAUGCAAAGAUAUGCACUGUAAUUGAAGUCCAAUUUUUUAGAAUCUUGUCUUUGUUUUUUUCGUGA